CAGCCAGCUCCAUCCACUCAGGCACACAUCUUGGGUGACCACAGGGUGGCUUUUCUCCUCCGCAGAACUCUUGGGUGAUCGCAUCUCGUGGGACCACAAUCUUUCUAUCGGAUCAACAAGCCGUUCUCGACAAUAUAUAGAUAGACCAUCACCCAACACAUCGAUCCCGACGACUCGAAUUCAGUCGCUUUCACGCGGCUGGCCUCCUGUUCUUCCUCGCAUCUUUAUAGCCCUUCAUACCUCCUCCCCCGCUAGAAUGGAUUCCUUUACCAACACCGACAAUGUCAACAUCACCUUCUGCAUCGGGCAGCAUGAGGCGGACCGGAAGGUCGCCAUCACAAAUGAGUUGGUGCAGGCGGCACAUGAGAGUAAUUAUGACAUGCUGACUGCACCGGUAACCACCUCCCACUUCCAAUCCCGAGUGCUCGCCCUUCUAUCGACAUAUCAAGGGAGCUUACAACCCUCGGCGUCAGGCUCCAAUGAAACGAUGAUGACCACCGAUAACACACGGCCGCUUGUGAUUCCUGAGUUGGGGCCCGCUGACACGCAUUUGACCCCGAACGAGGCAAUGACCCAGCUGGUCGGCGUAACCAGCUCGUGGAUUGACCUGUGCUCCCCGGAUCCCCUUAUCGCGGACAUUUCUCGCCAGGUCUUCAUGCUGGAAGUGAAUUAUGCGGCCUUCUGUGGCAUUGGAUAUCUGCUGGUUCCGGGGCCGAAACUUCACCACAACGAUGCCCAUUCCGAGCAAAUAAUCUACUAUGCGCGGGCUAUGCAAGAUGCCAUCAAUGUCGCACCUUAUAUUCAAUUCCACGUCUGGACGCAAAUGGUUGACAGCCCAGAUCUUCAGGGAGACAAGAUCACUGAUUUGGCCAGCCUUGCGCGCAGAGAGUUUGUCAGGGAUGCGGUGGCUCCUGUGUCAAGGGUCGACCCGUUCGGCACCUGGGAUGCCUGGGACAUCAUCAGAAGAGUUUGUAGAUACCACACCAGGCUUGUUGUAGCACUCUCCCUCCCCAAGCAACUUCCCCCUAUGUCUGUGCAGUCUCGCUGGUACUCCGAGCCGACCCACAUGCUUACGAUUAAUGGUAAUACUUUCAUCAAGAACCAAAAGGGUUAUCCAGUGUUGUCCAAGGCGCACCAAGCUUUGAUUGCUCGCUUCAUGCGCCUCCGAACCGCCCCCUGGAUACUCCUCUGCGAUGUUGGCCCCAUCCCCGGUGUAGAGAUGGACGAGUCUUUUGAGAAUGACACGCCAGGCUCAGGCUCUGAGUAUCCCAGCCUCGCGCAAGCUGCAGUUUCGCACAAAAAGCACCACGAUCCCACUCCCCAUCUAUCUUAUGUUCGCAAUCUCCAGUCCCGCCAGCCUUCCCGCAGCGCUAUGGAACGGUUCGGAGUAGGCUAUCAAGAUUAUCUGCAAGCCCCUCUGCAGCCGCUGACCGUCAACUUGGAGAGUAUCACCUACGAGGUCUUUGAGAAAGACCCAAUCAAGUACGAUUGGUAUGAGAGGGCCAUUGCCAAGGCCCUGACGGAUUGGUCGAAGAAGCCCAAGUCCGGGCCAGACGGCAAGGUGGUGGUCGCUGUCGUGGGAGCCGGCCGGGGACCACUCGUCGGCCGUGCCCUUCGAGCCAGCGCCGAGACAGGCGUGGAAAUCGACCUCUGGGCAGUGGAGAAGAAUCCGAACGCAUUUGUUCUUCUCCAGCGUCACAACAAGAACCACUGGGGUGGAAAAGUCACAUUGGUCCACUCCGAUAUGCGAAGCUGGAAGGGGCCCCAGGUCGCCGCUACUCAUGCACUCACAUCCGGCACCGCGGGCUCCGAACUCGUUCCUACCACCAUCGACAUCCUCGUCUCCGAGCUACUGGGCUCCUUUGGUGACAAUGAGCUUUCGCCUGAAUGCCUCGACGGCGUCACGCACCUUCUCACCCCAGUUCACGGCAUCUCCAUCCCGGCCUCAUACACCGCCCAUCUCACCCCGAUUGCGGCACCUAAGCUGCACGCCGACGUGACAAACCAAUCCAUCUCCAACCCUGCCGCCCCCGAAACGCCAUACGUGGUGAUGCUUCAUGCCAUCGACUUCCUGUCCACGAACCAGCCCUCGGCCACCGCACUUAUGAACUCCGGACCGGGUAGCCACAACACCCGCAACUCGAUUUCCACCCUGCCCGGUGGAUCGGGCGAGACGCCCGUCCCCUUUGUCCAAACCACCUGGUCCUUCGAGCACCCGAACCUGAACAUCCCUCCGCAGUCCCCUUCCUCCUCGACCAUCUCCAAUGCCCACAACGUACGGCGCACACGUCUAACGUUCCCUGUCCAGAACCGAGGCGUCUGCCACGGCCUGGCGGGAUACUUUGAGACUGUGCUCUACCGCGACAUUGAGUUGUCGACAAAUCCCGUGACCAUGGAUGCCAAGAGUCAAGACAUGAUUAGCUGGUUCCCCAUCUAUUUCCCUCUCAAGACACCCUUGAACGUUCCCGAUAACGGAGAAGUGGUGGUUACGAUGUACCGACAAACGGACAACCGCAAGGUGUGGUACGAGUGGAUGGUGGAGGUGUUUGCACUGGAAGGCAACCCGGAGCCUUCCUCGGCCGAGCUGGUGGCUCCGGUCAUGAGCGGUGCUCGGACCACGGGCUCCUCCGCCGUGGGCAGCCCCGAUCGGGGCGCGCAGGCGGCAGCGAGAUCACGUGAGGUUCGGCGCGUGCGAGUUGGCACCAGCGAUCUACACUCGAGUAUCAAGGACGGAUGCCUCAUGUGAGUUGCAUUGAGAUCUCUGGGUGGACAGACAGUCGGUGCGGUAGGACGGACAUGACGUAGCAGAUAACGCCAGGGCUGAGAUCAGUCGGGUGGGGGGCGGGUUCGGGGAGAUGGGAGUGGAAGAUACCAACCACAGUUUGGAUAUUCUAGGAGGCGUGCUACGUGUGAUGUCUGGUGGGAACAUAAAAAGAUAUACGUAGGUAGUCAGACUUGG